AUGAAGCAACAACACAAGUCGCCAGUGGCCAUCUUCGAGGCUGCUAGGUUCUCUACACACGUCUCGGAUCCAGCCAGGAUGCAAGCGGAGCUUCACAUUCUGGCACUUCGAUUUGCUCGAUUGAUCGAUCGUUUGACCCGCAAGGAUUCGGAGAAAGUCUCAACAGCCCUGGCCGGCUUGCAACUCAUAUACGAAGCCGCCGAGGCACAAUCGAAAGUGCGGCAACACCUGACCAACGACUGUUCCACACAUGUUGUCCACUACCUUCCUCUACACGAGUUUUUACAAGAAAGACUCGCCAAGAUAUCCUCACUUGCGCCUGGGAUCGGUCAAGUUCCUUUCAUCAUCUUCGAUAAUGACGACUUUAGCGCUUUGACGAAGAGCAUCUGCAUUUUGCUUGCUCGUAACGAAAAGGGCAUAUCUUUCCGCGAACCAAGAGCCAAAGAUGCAAGACAUAUGGUCAAUAACCUUGACAUAUCUUCAAUAGAGGAAUACAAGGAGGCUGCACAGAAACACGAUUGGCUUUUGUGGGACGACUUGACGACGAUUGAGUCAGACAUAGGCAGAGAUCUAGGUACGGAAGGAAAGCCGGAUGUAAAAGUAAAACAAUCUUCAAUACAUUUUGGUAGGGAAAACACAGGCUCCCAGAGAGGCGUUGUGCACGGCGGUAUAUAUGAUCCGCAUUUUCCUUUGGGUAUGGGGUAA